CUUUCUCAUCGCCGGGGUGGCAAUUUCCGGCUUACUGAAGAAAGUUGAUCAGGGAAGGUCUACUGGUUCCUGGAUUUUGAAAAAUGGAUAGCCAGGGAAGGAAAGUGGUGGUUUGUGACAAUGGAACCGGGUUUGUGAAGUGCGGCUAUGCAGGGUCCAACUUCCCUGAGCACAUCUUCCCAGCGCUGGUGGGCAGGCCUAUCAUCCGCUCCACAGCCAAAGUGGGCAACAUUGAGAUCAAGGACCUGAUGGUGGGGGACGAGGCGAGCGAGCUGCGCUCCAUGCUGGAGGUCAACUACCCCAUGGAGAACGGCAUCGUGCGCAACUGGGACGACAUGCGCCACCUCUGGGACUACACGUUUGGCCCCGAGAAGCUCAACAUCGAGUCGCGCAACUGCAAGAUCCUGCUCACCGAGCCGCCCAUGAACCCCACUAAGAACAGGGAGAAGAUCAUUGAGGUGAUGUUUGAGACAUAUCAGUUUGGUGGUGUUUACAUCGCAAUCCAGGCUGUGCUCACUCUUUAUGCUCAAGGUCUUCUCACUGGGGUGGUCGUGGAUUCGGGUGAUGGAGUCACACACAUCUGUCCGGUUUAUGAAGGUUUCUCUCUUCCCCAUCUGACCAGGCGACUAGACAUUGCAGGGCGUGACAUCACUCGCUACCUCAUCAAGCUGCUGUUGCUGAGGGGCUAUGCCUUCAACCACUCGGCUGACUUUGAAACGGUGCGCAUGAUGAAGGAGAAGCUGUGCUACGUGGGCUACAACAUCGAGCAGGAGCAGAAACUGGCCCUGGAGACCACGGUCCUCGUCGAGUCCUACACGCUUCCUGACGGCAGGGUUAUUAAGGUGGGUGGGGAGCGCUUCGAGGCCCCGGAGGCACUGUUCCAACCCCACCUGAUCAACGUGGAGGGGGUCGGAGUGGCCGAGCUGCUCUUUAACACUAUCCAGGCGGCCGACAUCGACACUAGAGCGGAGUUCUACAAACACAUUGUUCUUUCGGGCGGUUCCACCAUGUAUCCCGGGCUGCCCUCUCGUCUGGAACGUGAGCUGAAGCAGCUGUACCUGGAGCGCGUGCUGAAGGGAGACGUGGAGAAACUCUCGAAAUUCAAGAUCCGAAUUGAAGACCCCCCACGGCGCAAGCACAUGGUGUUCCUGGGCGGGGCGGUGCUGGCAGACAUCAUGAAGGACAAGGACAACUUCUGGCUGACGCGCGAGGAGUACGAGGAGAAGGGCGUGCGCGUCCUGGAGAAGUUAGGCGUCACCGUCAGAUAAACCUACGAAAAACACCCCCCAACCCAACCCAACCCAACCCAACCCAUCCUUACCCUCGCCCCAACCACUCCUCACGGACCCACACCACAGCAUCUUCUCCGAUACGAUACCAUUAUAUAUACGAAAACAAAUAUCUUAUCAUUUCACUUCUCACUUCCUAAGUUCUGCAUCUUCUUUCACAGAUUCACACCAUCCAUAGACAGAGGGGGAGAGAGAGAAAGAGAGAGAAAAGGGAUGUUGUUGGGUUGGGGGAGGGGGGGG